UCUACUUGUACUUGUACUGGCUGAGCAGAAGCUGGUAUUGUUAGCUUCAUAUUUUGCAGACAAAAAGGUGGUGUAACAUUGAAGAUCCUCAUUAUGUUAGUCAGACAUGAUGACGACCCUUCUAAGAUGGAAAAAAGUGAAAUUUGCAAUUAUAGCAGUCAUCAUACUGUUCCUUUUGUCGCUGUUUUGUUCGCUGCAAAUGCAGGCUGUAGGAUGGGAUGAAGAAAUAAUCUACACAGGAGAUGGACCUUUCUGGCAGAUGGAGGAUGUGGAAUAUGGAGGGAAGCAAGUGGACAUGGAUGGCCAUGAUGAGCAUGACAUCAACCAUGUGGAUGCAUCCAAGCUGACCAUACCACACCCCAUCAUCAUGUGGUGGACUCCAUUCAGCGGCGAGAGAGGUGAGGUCAAGACAUGUGGCAACGACCGAUGCUUCUUCACCAUCGACCGCCACUUCCAUCACCAUCCCAACACCAGCGCCUUCAUGUUCUACGGCACCGACUUCAAGCCUGACGAUGUCCCGGUGCCCAGGAAGCCGCAUCACGAAUGGGCACUCUUCCACGAGGAGUCACCGAAAAACAAUUACAUGUUGACGCAUCCAGAAUGCCUGACGCUGUUCAACCACACAGCGACAUUCAAGAGGAACUCUGACUUCCCCAUAACAACACAGUACUUAAAGAGCUUGGAGGAUCUGGAGAGUCGGAAGUAUCUAAAGACUCUGGAGGAAAAGAAACGGGCGGGGCUGGCCCCUGUCUUGUACGUCCAGAGCGACUGUAAUCCACCGUCUGAUAGGGAUAGCUACGUCCAAGAGCUCAUGAAGCAUAUCCGUAUUGAUUCCUAUGGCGCCUGUCUUCACAACAAAGACCUCCCGCAGGAACUCACAAACCCUCUCACCAUGUUCAAGAGCAACUUUUUUGAGAUCGUGUCGAAGUACAAGUUCACGCUUGCCUUUGAGAAUGCACUGUGUGAAGAUUAUGUCACUGAAAAGUUAUGGCGCCCCCUCAUAGCGGGGUCAGUGCCUGUAUACAGGGGCUCACCGUCUGUCCGUGACUGGCUACCUGACGAUCACUCUGCUAUCGUUGUGGAUGACUACAAAUCACCAAAAGAGCUUGCAGAUCACCUGAUAUACUUAGACAGCAAUGAUGAAGCUUAUGAAAAGCUACUGAAUUUUAAGAAAGUCGGUGCCACAAAUCCUCAUCUCAUCUCGACGAUGAAAAAUCGAGAGUGGGGCGUGAAUGACUAUACCCGGCCAAACUUCAUAGAGGGUCUUGAGUGUCUUGUCUGUAAUCGUUUACAUCAAAACCUCAAGGCAAAGAAGGAAGGCAAAUCUGAAAUCUCACACAUUGCCAAACCGGAGCAUUAUGCCUGUCCGAGGCCUGAGGCUUUCAGCGCUAAAUCACGUAGCUCUAUUCAAAUGUACAUUGAGUUACAUGAUGAGCAUGCAAAGAGAGCUAAAGCUCUGAGAGAGCUGGUAGAAUCCAAGACCAAUUUUACAUCAGAGCAGUAUUCUGCGUUGGUUUAUAAAUAUCUAACGGGGGAAAGACACUAAAUCAUGCUAUAACAGUACAAUUGUAAAGCUGUACAAUUUAUUGUCUGUCAAGAGCCAGAGGGGUAUUAAUUCAUAUAUAAGGAGUAAAUGCUCUUUUGACUUCUAACAGAUAUUAUGUUUUGAUGAACAUGUACAUGUAGGGUAAUACCAAAGAUUUUCUACUUACAUUAUAUUAUAUCAAAAAUUAAUAAUUAACUUUACCCCACACCCUUAAAUUGCUCCUUUUAUGAUACAGGAAACUUUCAUCAAAACAUAUACUUUAGGUUUCUACCAGCCUUUAAAUUUAGUAGUCAAGCUUUCAUCUACUCUUGUGGAAGUUCUCAAGCCAAGUGAUUCCUUCACACAGUUUCUUGUUUGUAGGAGUAGUGC